UACCGAUCCGUCGGAGUCAUGUGGCCCACUUCUCAGGCAGCAGACACAUGAUCACCCAACCUGACUAGUCGGAAGAAUAGGGCAACACAAGUCCAUUCUUCCGCCCGCAGACGCACGUGCUCUCUCAUUCUCCCCCUUCUCUCCCUCUCAUGACUUCCUGCUGCCGUCACGUGAUCGCGCUGCAGCGGACGCCGGAAGAUCCCAUCGAAAAUGUCGGCUGACUCCUCGAAGCGUCGAAGCCAUCUAAGCUAAAAAGAAGAACAGGGUGCGAGUGGAAAUAGCAUGGUUGGGUGGUUCGAUGCGGACAAUACGCUAGUAAUUCAGUGCGGCCUAACCUGGACAUGAAGAUUUAAGCACGUCAGAAGUGGAUUUGUGGUCAAGAUGAAAUGUUUAAUCAUAACCAGCGAGAGUGCAGAGGUUCUGUUUCACUGGACGGACCUGGACUUCCUGAAGAGUAUCCAGAAGCAAUAUGGGGCCGCACAAGAAGAGGGUCAUGGGCCUCCGGCCUUUGAGGACAGCAUCAGCACGCUGUUCGCUCCCAUCGUCAUCUCCUGCAGCACCAUGAUCGACAGGCUGGGCGACAGCUACACCUGUUUCACAACUGAAAACAACCACGUCUAUGUCCUCCAGCAGUUCGAUGAGUGUCUUUACAUUGCUGUGAAUGGAGACGGCGAGGAGGGAGAGGUGGACCUGAGGAGGAAGAUCUAUGUAAUGAAGAAGAUGAUCGAAGUGCUGUUUGGCAUGGUGACCCUGAGCAGUAGCCUGCUGAAAAAGGAGCUGCGUCCCCAGGACACUGAGCUGAGAGCCAUACGGUGGAAACGUCUCCAGACUCUCCUGGACACCUACUGCUACCUCAGGGAGCACGACCAGAGCUUUUUAGUGGAGGCAGUAGAGAGGCUUAUUCACCCCACGCUGUGCGAGCAGUGCAUCGAGUUCCUGGAGCGCCGACUUGUUCAGCAGCUCAACAGCAGCGUGGAGCGAUCGAAGGAGGAGGUGCUGCACGCCUUUAUUCUGGUCCACACCAAACUGCUGGCCUUCUACUCCAGUCGAAAUGCGACCACACUGGCCACGUCCGACCUGCUGGCCCUCAUCAUUCUGGCUCAGAACAUGUAUCCCACCAACUCGGACCUGGAUGAUUCCACCCCUGAGGACGUUGAAAGUACAUCUGGGUCUGGUCCUGAAAGCUUCUACACACCGGAACCAUCACCUACAGACUCAAGCACUUCAGAAGGGCCAGUGAGGGAGGGGACCCCCGUGUUUGAGUUUGUGGACCCUGAUAUUCAGUUGGCAGAAGACAGUUUACAUACCCUGGAGGUUCCAGCGCCUGACCCAUCAAAUCCCCUGCGGGUCUUUUUGGAGGUCUCGCAGAAGGAGGGGCUCUAUCCCAUGAUGCCUCACUCCCUGUACUGCUUACCGCUCUGGCCUGGGAUCACUCUUGUUCUUCUCACUAAAAUUCCCACCAACGCCGUGGCCGUGUCAGUCUACACGUUUUUAGAGGCUUUUGCAAAGCUGGAGAUGCGUUUAAGUGAAGGACACGAGGGAUCUUCUGCAACAAGAGCUCAGCCGACAAUCCACGACAUCCGGCCAAAGCUGGACAAGUUCAUCAAAGCUCUUGGCAGCAGCGGGGUUCAGCAUGUCCAGUUGCACAACAUUUGGACGGAGUUCAAGAACCGAGCGUUUGCCAGAGGCGGGCCGGGAUUCAACAAGGAUCUCAUUCCGUGGUGCAAGAACAUGAAGACCCAGCUGUGCGGCGUGUACAGACAGUGCUUCCUAAAUGGCUCCGGACGAGCCGACUCUUCUCACAGACUCUCACUCAGUCUGCUGGAACGAGCGCAGACCACAAUGCAGGAGAAGCUGAUGGACUGGAAGGACUUCCUGCUGGUGAAGAGCAAACGGAACGUCACCAUGGUGUCAUUUCUGGAGGACUUCCCAGGUCUGAUCCACUUCAUCUGCGUGGACAGAUCCACUGGUCAGAUGAUCGCGCCGUCUCUGACAGUCACCGAACGGACCACGUCAGAGCUGGGGAAGGGUCCAAUAGCUCAGUUCAUCAAAAACAAGGUCUGGGGUCUGGUCAACACCACCCGUCUCUAUCUCCAAAAAGGCUACUCCACAGUCACCCUGAGAGACGGAGACUUCUACUUCUGCUACUUCCUUUGGUUCGAAAACGAGACGGGUUAUAAGUUGGAGUCUGUAGACUUGCCGGUCCUCCCUGAAGACUCGGCUCCUAUUGGGAUGCUGGCCUGGGACUACUACCGGAAGCUGCUCCGGUACUACAGCAAGAACCAUCAGGGUGAGUUGGUCAAGUGCUACGAGCUGCUAACAGUUCAUCUCGGGGUCAUUCCUACUGAAAUCAUCCUGCAGCACUGCAGACAGCUGGCCAGCAAGCUGUGGGAGCCCUCGCGAAAUCCACUGCUCUAGAAGCACCGUGGAUUAAACACACACACACACGCACGCACACACACUGGUCACAAACACAAGAGCAUGAUAAAGACAUAAUGAGCUUUCUAAGAGCUGCUCUCCUUUGUACAUUUGUGUGGACUGUGAAUCACUUCUGUAAAUACCUGAGCCACUUUCACCAAUGUCAAAAUAUGUAUCAUCCUUUCCUCGUGCGAAACCCCCUCAUAGAAGUGUCACAAGUAACAGUUACAUUGAUUAUACGUAUGUUUUGCACCUUCUUUGUGAAGCAGGAAGUGAAAGAUAAUUUGCCUUUCCUCCGAGUCACUUGACAAUGAAUGUCUCAUUUUGCUGUGUCGUGAAGUGCCUUAGCUUAACUGGAACUGCUGCACUGUACGUACUGAACGCGCCGAUUCAGUUGCAUUAACAUUCAAAGGUAUGCUUCAUUUGUAAUAAAUGUGAACCUGUUCAAAGCCCAAAAAUGCAUGCCUCAAAUAAAAAAAAUCACUUGUGCUCAAAUGCUGCUAAACAAACUAAUAAAUGUUUUUUUUUUAUCUUUCAUAUCUAAACAUCACAGUUCUGUGAAACCUCCCUCGAGCAAAGUCAGAGAGCAGCGUGUUUUGUCACCCAAUUUUUUUUAUUUUGUCACGUGUCAUGGAGUCAUAUAUACAAUAGCAUCAGUGAAACAUGUACAACUGUAUGUGUGUAAUAACAGAAAUGAAGAAUUGUUUUUAUUGAUAAACUUCCCUUUUAGUCU